GGGCCAUUAUAUGAACGACUGCUUCCGUGAUAAUAAUGAUUAUCAUAAUCGUUACAGGUGUUAUAAAAGACUCACUUUAAAAGAGGCACUUAAACACCAGAUGGCGAUAAUGAACCCGGAAAUGUUUCACACAGCAAGACGAGGAGGAAGAUACACCGGUGGACUGAAGACAGGCAGGCGGAGGUGAACAAUGAAGACUCUGAUGGUGUUUGAUUUUGACCACACAGUGGUUGAUGACAACAGUGACACUUGGGUGAUUAGAUGCCUUCCAGGUCAGACUCUCCCCGACUCUGUAAAGAAUUCCUACAGAAAAGGCCAUUGGACUGAGUUCAUGGGCAGAGUGAUGAACUACAUAGGAAGCCAGGAGGUCAGCGCUGACAGGGUCCGCAGUGUGAUGGAGACCAUCCCCUUCACAGCUGGAAUGACAGACCUGCUGACAUUCAUAUCAGAGCAUAAAAGCACCAUUGACUGCAUUGUCAUCUCCGACUCCAACACCAUGUUCAUAGACUGGAUCCUCCAUGCGUCUGGACUCCAGGCAGCGGUCGAUCAGGUUUUCACCAACCCGGCUAAGUUCAACGAGCUGGGAUACAUGGAGGUUCAGUGCUACCACUCUCAUGACUGCGAUCGGUGCCCUGUCAACCUCUGCAAGAAAAAGGUGUUGGAGCUGUAUUUGUCGGAGCAGUCUGAUGCAGGUGUGGAGUACGAACGGGUAUUUUACGUAGGAGAUGGGGGGAAUGAUCUCUGCCCUACUUCCUGUCUGAGAGGGCACGAUAUUGCGAUGCCCAGAAAGGGGUACACCCUGGAGAAACUGCUGGCCAAACUGGAAAGUCAGGAAGAUACCACCUCUCUAAAGGCUAAAGUUAUUGCCUGGAGCAGUGGCACCGACAUCCUCCAGGAACUGAAGCUGGUUAGAGAUGGAGGUCUUAUCAGCGUUGGCAGACUACAUCUCUUCUCCAGAUUCACCAUACCCAGCCGAACGUGGAGAGCUUGCUGAAGGCUGCUUACCUGCUGCAGUUUGGGGGGGUGAAGAGGGCCUUGCAGGGCUGUCGUCAUGAGCUGCUGGAUGUGUGGACCACUGCUUGGGCAUGCUGCUGUUCUCUCAGCUCCACACAUGCGUUACUCUGGAGGAAGACACCUGCAGGCUGCUCGCAGGCAGGUUUCAGGAGGUGAUCAAGAAAGAAGUGGAUCUUGACAGCCUGAGGACAGUCCCAGCAGAGGAGAACCAGGAGGUGGUGGCAGAGGCAGUGGGCAGGUGGCUGGACUCUGACCCUCUACUCUGAGCUAAACAUCUUUCCUUACAGCAAAACGACUUUGACAGCCUCCUGUCUACAUUCACCCUAACACCCAUGUUCAAACAGCCCUCCACGACAGAUGAAAUCUAACUCCAAGGUGAUAGUAAUUGGGGGCUACUAUUGCCGUCCUUUGUCUGAGGUUCAGCCUGGGACCUGUCCAGUGGGGAGUGGAUGCAGGGUUAAGACAUGCCUGAUUACUCCAGAGAGAGCUAUGCAGUGGCCUCACUGGUCUUUGCCAUUUAUGUGAGCAGGGGAUACAGAACCAAUAGCACUGAGGUGUUGGAUACAGUGUGGGAGUAUAACAGUGAUUCUGAAUACUGGACUGAGGGGCAGCCCAUGUUGACUGCCAGGCUGCCUGGCUGUUUACAUGGACCUUGCCUUCAAUAAUUAUCGGGGUAGGGAACACUGCAGUGAAUGGAGUGGCAACUAUGGCUUCAAUGGCAGCUGGAGCAACAACAAGAUCCAGAGUUACAAAGUGGACACAGACCAGUGGAGUAUCCUAACCACUUGACCCCAUCCAUGUAGUUCUGAAUACAAAAUCUAAUUUAAAUAUGUUAGCAAGUUCUCAAGGGUAAAAAGACACCUGAUCCUGAUUGUACAUUCAGAAUGAGGGAACAUCAAAAUGAGUUUCCAGGUUAUCCUUUAUAAUUCAAUUAAUCCAUAUUUACAUAGAAAUGCCCAGAUUGAAACCCAGUUCCUGUCAUGUUGCUGCUCCCUGCAGAGUAUGGGACGUGCCUGGUGUCUUUCAACAGCAGCCUGUACCUGGUAGGGGGCUGGACCACCCUCGCUGAACGCUUCGACCCAGACACAGAGGAAUGGAUCCCGCUUGCCAGCAUGGAGGAGAGGAGGAGAGUGCGGGGCGGUGACCAUGCUGGGCUGUGUGAACGUCACUGGGGGCUUUUCCUGCUUCAAAGGGACCUAUCUGCAGAGCAUGGAGAAAUGUGAACCUCACAGAGAUACAUGGGACUUAGUCAGAGAUUUGCCUGAAGCCACUCGCUUGCAUGGCUGUAUCUGUGUUUAUGAUGGCACGUAGUGUUAAAAGUCUAAAGGUGAGCCGUCAUCAGUUCCUCAUGGAACAAUUGUAGUGCCAAAUUAGUGUGAACUGGUUUAAUAGCUCCCUGCCAGGCAGUGAUGAACCAGCUGGUUUAAGUUUUAUUGUGGUGUAUGUGGUUCUCCCAGGGUUUGUCUCCUGCACUGCCUCCUCUUUGAGCGUAUGAUUGUUUCUAUCCCUAGAAAAUCUCCUCAAACAAGGCCAGUGUGCUUCUCAGGGUCUGGCUACUAGGUGUCCUUAAGCAAGUAACUCCCAAUCAAUUUAGAGUUUGAUCUAUUCUGAAAAGGAGGCAGUGUGUAGUGUAGUGUAGUGUGUGUGUGUGUGUGUGUGUGUGUGUGUGCCUGCGUGCGUGCGUGUGUGUGUGUGUGAGACUGUGCUGAGAGAUAAGAAAGUAAAAGAAAGAGAUAGAUGAGGACAGAUUGACAGGCAAGCCGUCCAGCAGAUAUCAGGGCAGACACAGAGGGACACUCUUGGUCAUCUGUGUCUUUCAGCCUAAUCCUUAUCUGAUCUGAAUCACAGGUAGCUUCUGUCUCUAUGGACCCACACCUUCCAGUGCUGACGAAUAAUACCAUCCAAAGGAGAGUAAUACCACAGUAACACAUCUGAAACUCCUCAUGUCUCUGGAGAUGAAUGCUCUGUGGUUUGUCUUUCAGUUUUUUAAUGUGAUUAUUACUUCACUCUUUAUAAACAACUCCACAAAACUGCCACUAAAAAUGAUUUUGACUUGAUGUGAUUAUUUUAAUCUUUAUUUUUAGCCAUGCUGUUGCUGAGGCUAUUGGGAUGGCAAUGUGAUUAGUUGGUCAGAUCUCUUGGAUAGAUUUCUUGUUAUUUUAUCCCGGUGGGGACAUUUUCUGUCCCGAGAGGAUGAAGCCCAGUGAUUUUGGUAACCCUCUAACUACCUCUAGCACCACCAGCAGGUUGAAAUUUACAUUUUUCAAUGACAUGUCUCAUCAGCUUUUGGAUUGUUUCCCCCCUUAGGAUGAAUUCUGAUGACUUUAGUGAUCUCUUAGUUUGCAUGCAGUGUCACAGUAAGGUCAUCAAUUCAAUACAUGCAGAACUUUUUUUUUUUAUGACCAAACCAUACAAAACUAAUGAUAGUCCCAUCAGUCUUAGCUGUAUUCAGUGCUAAUUAACAAAUGACGGCAUCUCUAAUAUGCAAGACAGUUAAUAUGGUGAACAAUCUGUUUAACAUGACAGUAGUGCUUUACUGAAGCUCUGUCAUUAGGAGCAUGUUAGCUGUUAGCUGACUUAUGCUGCCUUCCAGACGACUCAGAGCUAGAACAUUUCAGACCUCCUACGAGAAAAAAAACCAAAAAAAAAAAAAACCAUGUGAUGCCUCUGGAAGUUGAAAUUUUGUUAUUUGUGAGCUCUGGGCUAAUCCAUCCACCAUGUCUUUAUGAGGGAGCAGCUGUGUGACAUCAUAAUGGCAGCACCCAUUUGGAGAGGGGUAAGAUGUAUUUGUAGAUGACAGUAUUUGUAUUAAGCUUGUGAAUGUAAUAUUUAGAUUUGUUCACAAGUAUAAAAGUGCUGUUUUAUGCUGGUGUUGUGUAUCUGGACGUUUGGAAGUCAGAGGUUUGAAAUUCCGACCUCCAACUUUGAGUCUUUGUCUUGUUGAAGUAUUUACUGGGAGUGAAUUGUUUGUCACUGCCACAUGGUGUCUCAAACUACCAAUGCUACAUUUUAAUUCAUUUCUGUAUUUCCGUUUUUUUUUAUUUUUUUUACACUGAUCAAAUUAAAUAUCGUAACACCUGCUUUAUAGUGUGCGGGUUCCCCUUGUGUCCCUAUAGACAACUUUGACACAUCGAGGCAGAGACACAAGACCCUGGGACUGUUCUGUGGGGUCUGACACCGGGACAUUGGCAGUGGAUCCUUCAGGUCCUGUUGAUUUGGCGCAGGGCCUCCAUGGAUCAGCCUUGUUUAUGCCCAUCCCACAGAUAAUUUAAGGACUGGAUCAAUGCCUUGGGUCAUCCCUGACCAGGUUCUGUGGUGUGGCAGGGCACAUUGUCCCACUGGGAGGGCACUGUCAUUGGGGAAUGCUGUUGCCAGGAGGGUGCGAGAGUCUACAUCGGUGUUUGGGCGGAUGGUGCAUACCAAUUGGCAUCCACAAGAAUGCCAGGACCUAAGGUAAGAAAAUUGCAAUCUUAUGAGAUAAUCAGCAUUAACUACUUCAUGUCAGUGUUGUAAAUGUUGUGGUGGGUCACUGUAUACUGUAUAUUGG